AAUGAGAGUGGAGAGAAGGCGGGACUUCUGUGUGUAGCGCGGCGGUUAAGGAAAUCUAGCUCGUGUGCUUAUGCUCAUCAAAUGCUUCUUUUUUAUUACCAAUAAUAUUAAUUCACUAAUGCGGAAUAAACAUUUGCACCUCGGACAGCUUAAACUCUCGUUCCAACGUGAGUAAAUGAUCUCAGACACGUAUAUAUGAGCGUGCUGGCGUUUGUUUACUGCCUUCGGUAUGAAAUACGUCGCAUACAAUGUGUUUAUCUGCUAGCUGUGAGUCUAAUAAACCUUAAUUGUUCAUAUGAAAGAACAUAUUAUACUAGUUUGAUGUGGCUUUUGGGUUUGGAUCAUGUAUGCUUCAUUCUUUGAAUCAGAAAGGUCUCGCUGCGUCAUGAUCGCGCGCUCUCGCUGAGAUGUCCGGUUGCCACGGCAACAGCAUCACGGGGCUGCUGGGCGCGCUCUGCGACUGCAGCAUCUCCGGGUUGUCAUGGAAACGUCGCGCUCUGGGCUCAGCUUCGCGGGAGUCAGCGCGUCGGACCCUGCGCAAGCGUGCGUACGGGGCGCUGCUUGCGGGUCUCUUCCAGGAUGGGUUGCCCAAACCGCCACCGAACGCCCUGGCGAACACACCUGCCCAUAAUAAAAUACUGAUGAUCUCCUUUGACCUGCGCGUGUCCGGUCGCGAUGAGGAGGCGGAGAGGUUGGAGGAGCUCCUGGGUCAGCUACGGAACGGGGCGGGACUGUCUGAACUGGAUUCCGUCCUGGAACUCCUGGUGCAGCUGGCCGGAUCCGUGGCUCCGCCUCCUCUGUCUUUCAGUCGCGACUACAUGCGGCGGGAGCGUCCCGUGCAGCGCAGACCCCCGUUGGGCGGGUACCUGAGCCAGGACAUGCAGCGGUUGGAGGAGAGGGCGUGGUCUUUGAUCUGUGGGGAGGAGUGGGGCGUGUUCGGGGGCAUCUGCAGGACCGUGAGCAUCAUGGACGCUCCGCCGGGCACCGGGCUGCUCGGCCUGGGGCGCAGGCCGGAUGUCGAGGAGAAGUUUGAGAGAGAGACCCGACUGUCACUGUUUGGUGCCCUCCAGCACUCCAGAACCGCAGAUAUGGACAUCCGACUGGACCUGCCGCCCGUUCCCAGUAACGCAGACAUUACUGGACUCAGCAUACGGGUUCCUGCAGGUUUGGAUCAGUCUGAUGACGAAGGCUUCCAGUCUUCCUCUAAUCUGACUCCAGAUUCCCAAUCCGAGCCGAGUCCCAGCCCUGAGUUCGACGUAUGGGAGGCCCUUCGGACGUUCGUGCCUGGCAGACGGCGCUGUUGGGAGAACAUUGGCUGUCCACCGGGUCAGAAGGAACCCCCGUACCUGACAGAGGCCGGCAGAGAGGCGUUUGAUCAGCUGUACCGGCUGUGGGAAGGAGAAAUGAGGAACAUUCUGUCCACACAGACACCAUCACCGCUCCUGCCACUGCCGCUGGACUGCCAGAGUCAGCUGGUCAAAGACGUGCUCAACGUGCUGAUCGGGGUCUCCUCCGCCACGUUUCCUCUCAACGAGGCUAGUGUGCAGUUUGAUGUUCGUCCGGAUAUAUGUGUGUCCGGGACAUCGCCUGAGAGUGUGUCUCGGCUGCUGUGUGAGCUGGCACAGUACGGCACACACUAUCUGCGUCUCAGCCGCUUCGCCCUGAGCAGCGGGAGUCAGAAGGGACUCGUCUUCCAGGCCUUCACCGGUGGGCUGCGGCGUUACCUGCAUUACUACAGAGCGUGUGUGCUGAGCACACCGGCCUCUCUGAGUCUACUCAUUAUCGCUUGUCAUUUCCGCAAACUGGGACGUCAGCUCAGGUAUCUGUCAGAACUGUGUUGUGUGGAUGGAAUCGCCGGUGUGGGACGAGCAACAUUCCCCAUGGGUGUAAAACUGCUGUCGUGUCUGUAUAAUGAAGCUCAGAGUAACUGCAGUAAUGAGAAUCAUCCGGUGCUGCUGUCGCUGCUGAAGAGCAGCUGUGAGCCGUACACGAGGUUUGUUUCAGACUGGGUGUACAGUGGCGUCUUCCGUGACGUUUAUAAAGAGUUUAUGAUUGAGGUCAAUGAGGAUUAUCUGACCUACAGAGAUAAGAACUUUUGGACGCAGGGAUACACUCUCAUUUCGCGGGAUGCAGAGGACUGUGUGCCGGUCUUCCUCAAACACAUCGCCAACGACGUUUACGUCUGCGGGAAAACGAUCAAUCUUUUGAAAAUCUGCUGCCCACAGCACUAUAUCUUCUGGUCGGAUGUACCGGUGCCCAGGAUCGCUGUGACGUUUUCCCUGCAGGAAGUUGAGGAGAUUGAGAGAGACUGCGCCGUGUACCGAGGGCGAAUGGAGACGAUCGCUAGGCACAGCGCCAUCAGCAGGGAGGAGCAGGCCACGCGGACUGAACAGGCCCGACAGGAGCUCAUUAACCAGGUCAGAGAGACAGCAGCCAAGACCCUGGAGAGAAUCAGAGGCCGCCAGGUGUCGCAGCGUCUGGCGGAGGAGGCCCAGAAGAGAGAGCGAUUUAAAGAGAUGAAACAGCAGCUGGAGCUCGACCAGGAGUGGCGUAGUGCUGCAAGACGGAAGGAGCAGGAUGAUGAUUUCAGCUACGCUCGGGAGCUCAGAGACCGAGAGCAGAGGCUGCAGGCCCUCGAGGAGCAGCUGGAGCGCCGGGCACGGAUGGAUCUGAUCGCUCAGUACGGUCAGUUAUCAGAAGCUGCUGCUAGACGAGAGCUCAGAGCCAUGUGGAAGGUGCAGAGGAUGAAACUCGACGAGCGCAGAGUGAACUUCCUGCAACAAGAACAACAGAACGUACAGGCUCUUCUGGAGAAGUUUCCUUUAGGUCUGGAGGUCCCCCAUCCGGAAACACCCUUUAAACAACAGCCGGCACAGCUACACGCUGAGCAGAAUCUUAGUGAACAGCAAACAGCAGAUCCUCCUGUCCCAGAAUCCUCUGCUCCUCCCUACUCUCUUGCCAAUGAUGUAACUCAUGCUCUCAUAUCAGAGGAAAUCAACAUUGCUGACUUCCUCCCCAAGCCUCAACGCAUCCCUGACAGUGGUGCCCUGACCCAGGCCCUCCGCGAUAUUGGUUCUGACCUGUUGCAGUUUCCUCAGAAGCCACACCCAACAAACUCCCACAUACGUCUUGGACAAAAUGUUUCAGAAGUCUUACAGUCAGUCCCUGUGCCUAGUCAAUAUGGACAAGCAUCCAAGUCCAAUUUCCUAUUGGGCCAGUUUACUCCAGAGGUGUCAGUAGGUCAGCCGAAGGCUAGUGUUCAUGGACACCCUUCACAGAGCUCAGUGCAGCUGGGAGACUCCACUGCCUCGGGGCGGAACAAGGGCCUGAUCCGCUCGGAGUCAAACACCCCUGCACAAACCACUCAAGAGGUAACAUGUGAGGCACAGAUCGGUAGCCAGAGUACAGAAAAACAACCAACUGGAGAAAAGACAGGAAUUGAGCCCUCGGCGGCCAGCACAGGUUCAGAGCCAAAGCAAGCCACCCAGGAGCCAACAGAGAAAGCCAAGUCCUGUGAGAGUGUCAGCCAGCCCUCUCACUGUUCUCAGCCAGAGGAAGAACAAUCUGUGUCUCCUCUCAUAAGCUUCCAUGAGUCAGAGUCUGAUACUCAUAUGAGAAAUAACAGCCGUGAUCCUGAUCCAGCACUGAUCUCUUUCCUGCCCUCCUCUGAUGUCCCUGGCCACGCCUCUAAUGCCCAUAUAAGGGUUGGUGAUCAUGUUUCCGAGUUGACCACUCCCAUCCACUCUGCUAAAAGUUAUGGCCACGCCUCUGAUGCCCAUAUUAGGGUUGGCGUACAUGUUUCUGAGGUAACCACUCCUCUUCUAACCCCUCAUAUGCAUGGCCACGCCUCUGACGCCCAUAUAAGGGUCGGUGAACAUGUUUCUGAUGUAACUGCUGCUUUUCCAACCCCUAACAUCCAUGGCCACGCCUCUGAUGCCCAUAUAAGGGUUGGCGAACAUGUUUCUGAAGUAACCGCUCCUUUUCCAACCCCUAACAUCCAUGGCCACGCCUCUGAUGCCCAUAUAAGGGUUGGCGAACAUGUUUCUGAAGUAACCGCUCCUUUUCCAACCCCUAACAUCCAUGGCCACGCCUCUGACGCCCAUAUAAGGGUUGGCGAACAAGUUUCUGAAGUAACCGCUCCUUUUCCAACCCCUAACAUCCAUGGCCACGCCUCUGACGCCCAUAUAAGGGUUGGCGAACAUAUUUCUGAAGUAACGGCUCCUUUUCCAACCCCUAACAUCCAUGGCCACGCCUCUGACGCCCAUAUAAGGGUCGGCGAACAAAUUUCUGAAGUAACGUCUCCUUUUCCAACCCCUAACAUCCAUGGCCACGCCUCUGACACCCAUAUAAGGGUUAGUGAACAUAUUUCUGAAGUAACAGCUCCUUUUCUAACCCCUAACAUCCAUGGCCACGCCUCUGACGCCCAUAUAAGGGUUGGUGAUCAUGUUUCCGAGUUGACCACUCCUCUUCUAACCCCUAAUAUGCAUGGCCACGCCUCUGACGCCCAUAUAAGGGUCAGUGAACAUGUUUCUGAUGUAACCACUUCUUUUCCAACCCCUAACAUCCAUGGCCACGCCUCUGAUGCCCAUAUAAGGGUUGGCGAACAUGUUUCUGAGGUAACCACUUCUCUUCCAACCCCUAACAUCCAUGGCCACGCCUCUGAUGCCCAUAUAAGGGUUGGUGAACAUGUUUCUGAAGUAACUGCUCCUUUUCCAACCCCUAACAUCCAUGGCCACGCCUCUGACGCCCAUAUAAGGGUUGGCGAACAUGUUUCUGAAGUAACUGCUCCUUUUCCAACCCCUAACAUCCAUGGCCACGCCUCUGACGCCCAUAUAAGGGUUGGCGAACAUGUUUCUGAAGUAACUGCUCCUUUUCCAACCCCUAACAUCCAUGGCCACGCCUCUGACGCCCAUAUAAGGGUUGGUGAACACAUUUCUGAGGUAAAUACUCAUAUCCCUGUCGCUAAUAUUCAUGGCCACGCCUCUGACUCCCAUAUAAAGGUGGGUGAGUUUGUGUCAGAUGUCACCUCCUCUCGCCCACUUUUGAGCAAGUUUGGUCACUCUUCUGACAGCACUCUUAAAGUGGGUUGUGUGAUGCCAGACGCCGCCCCUUCAUCCACCCCUCUGCCUGGCAGCGCUUUCGGACAUGCGUCCGACUCCGUGCUAACAUUAGGGUGUGUUGUAUCAGGCAUAGACCCUCAGCGCUCCCCAUUGCCUGGAAGUGAGUACGGACAUUCCUCACAGUCUACUUUGGGUAUUGGGUGUGUGGUCAGUGGGAUUGAGACCAUUCGGCCCAGCUCUCUUUACAGCGGAGCCCGUGCACAUACAUCAGACUCUGCUCUGGGCAUGGGUUGCGUGGUUGGCGGGGUGGUGCCAGGCAGUUUGUACGGUGACAGGCUUCCAACGAUAUUUGACCGAGCAUCAGAAGACACAGAGAAACCAGCUGACACAGACACCCAGGCGCCCCCUAGUGAGCUGUUCUCCUUGGAUGAGGGACUGACUGCCUGGGCUCUGGGACUAGGAUUGUCCCCUAAAAAGAGUCCAGAGGAUCGCUAUCUUCUCAGCCUGGCCUCACAGUACCAAGUCGAGCAGUACCAGGACUCGUACGGCCUGAUGACUGCAUCUCCAGAAUCUGAGCUGCUGCUGCAGGUCACACGGGGCCCGAACGGCCUUCCUGUCGACCCCUCCCUGCACCGGGCCACCGAUGCCACUGCUGUUCAGCUCAGCGAGAUGAUGCCACUUCCUGUUCUCAUGAAACACUCUGUUACAACUCCACUGAUUACACAUGUGUCCAUGGUAAAUAAGGCCGUGGUGGAUUAUUUUUUCGUGGAGUUGGGCGUGGAGAAGCAUUUUGAGACUCUCAGGCAUUUCCUGUUAAUGGAGGAUGGAGAGUUUGCCCUCUCUCUCAGCGAUCAGCUCUUCGAGAAGCUGGGCAGUGGUCAGACCCCCGGUGAGCUGCUGACCCCGCUGGUGUUGAACUCCAUUCUGAAUAAGGCGUUACAGUACAGCGUUCACGGGGACAGCGAGCUGGCGGCUCACUUCACGUUUGCGCUGCGAUACCUCCCUGAGAUCUUCCACCCUCACGCUCCAGACUCGCUGAACUGUCUCGAGCUCCGAUACAAGGUGGACUGGCCAGUGAAUAUCGUCAUCACGGACAGCUGUCUGAAUAAAUACAACAGACUCUUCUCCUUCCUGCUGCAGCUCAAACACAUGGUGUGGUCCCUCCGAGACGUCUGGUUUCACCUCAAGAGAACUGCACUGGUAAAAGGUGCCGGUCGUUCCGUCCAGUUCCAUCAGCUGCAGCUGUACAGACACGAGAUGCAGCACUUUGUGAAGGUGAUCCAGGGCUAUAUUGCUAACCAGAUCCUUCAGGUGUCCUGGAGCGAGUUCACGCACAAACUGAGCAGUGCCCACGACCUGGACGCCAUUCACCGCACGCACGCCGAGUACCUCAACAGAGCCAUCUUCAGGGGUUUGCUGACAGAGAAAGCCGCCCCCGUCAUGAACAUCAUCCACAGCAUCUUCAGCCUGAUCCUGAAGUUCCGCGGGCAGCUGAUCGCGCAGCCGUGGGAGCUCCAGCAGGGGGAGCCGGUGCAUCCCAGUUUCAUCGCCAUGCAGCAGUCCUACAACACCUUCAAGUACUACUCCCGCUUCCUGUUCAAAGUGGUGACCAAACUGGUGGAUAAAGGCUAUCAACCCCAUCUGGAGGACUUCCUGUUGCGGAUCAACCUCAAUAACUACUACAAAGACUCUUGAUUGUCGUGUGUGUGUGUGUGAACGAGUCCUCUGGACCUCCUGCUUCAGUGUUUGUCAGUAUAUAUGGUGUUUAUCGCCAAACAUUGAACAUUUCCUGUUGUGCAGUGAUGCUUUUAUCCACAAAGGCUGAAUGAUGUGAUAUGUAAAAUAAAGUAUUUAAUUUUCA